CGAGGUCUCCACAUCUCGCCUGAUACCAAUGCAGUUUGUUGCCGCUGCCUGAAGCGGUCACUGCCUCUCUUGUUUUCCUUCCAGAAGUUACAAAAACAGUACUUCUCGGUGCUCUUUGCUGUUUCUCAGCGUUUUUGCCUAACCCGUAGCGCUUCCCUUCGAUCUGGCAGAGCGGAAAAACCUCCGUGAACUUAGAGAAAAGCAAAGCCAAGAGGAGGGAGGGGGGCAUUUUUGCUGGAAGAAACCUCCCCACGACGCUGGAGAUCUUCUUGGGAUGUCUGCGGUGGGCUUGUUCUCCUCCAGCAGCUUCUCAGACCUGCCGGGGCGAAAGCAUCUCCCUGCCACGGAGCAUCCUCGCUGAGCAGCGCGGUGAAGGACGCGGGGAGCGGCGAUGCCGUAAGGAGCAGCCCGCGAGCGUCCGCUGGCUCUGCCCGUGUCCCUGAGGUCCCCGUGGGGCUGGGGAACGCGGCACCCUGCGGUAUGUCCCUCCACCGCCGAGCGCUGGGGUUGGCUGUCAGAGAAACCUUCGAGGUCCCCUGCUCGGUAGUGUCAUGAGUUAGAUUAGUUGGAGCUGUGCUGGGGGCGGCGAGGGCUUGGAUUACAGUCCGGGACUCAAAGUGCUUCGGUAGUUCACGUCGGGAGGCGAGAGGAGACGCCCCGUCGCACACAUGGAGGAAAACGAGAAAAAACGCCGCUUUUGGAAGUGAGGGGGGAUAAAGGAGGCCGGGAAGAUGGACUCGGAGUCGCUGGACGGCUGCAUUCAGAGUACGUUAUCGGCGCUCUACCCUCCGUUCGAGGCUACCGCAGCCACUGUUCUGUGCCAAGUUUUUGAUGUGGUGGAGAAGACGUACCGUGGGGAUGGACUGCGCUACCUCAUAGACUUCCUGAUUCCAGCCAAGCACAUCCUGCAGUGCAUUCAGCAGGAUGCCUGUGUUCAGUACUGUGGCUUGCUGUUUCGCCAUGAGGGCUGGCCCCUGUGCGUUCACGAGAAGAUUGUAGUCCAGCUGGCUUCCAUUGACUGGCGAAUCUUGAGGCCUGGUGACUUCUACCUGCAGGUGGUUCCCUAUCUGAAGAAGUCUCCGCGGAUUGUACUGAAAUGUUUGGCGAAGGACAAGCAUAAUGUAGAAGAAGUUGUGAUUCCAGAAGUCUCCUAUACCUCUAUUUUCACUCUGGAAUGGUUGAGUACUAUCAAUGGAGAGCGGAUGGGUAUAGCACUGGAAAAUUGUUUACUAACCACUGACGAUAAGAUAUUUCGUGUUCCCUGGGAUAAUGUGGUUAAUCCUGAAUUUAUAAAUAAACCAAAAGUAAUUGAAAAUAAUAUCAUCACUCCAGAAAUAGCGGAGGAACCUUCAGCUUUGUGCCUUCCCAUGGACCAUGCUGAGUGCAGCUCAGCAGACCUAGCACCUCAGUAUCUACAGGAACCAAAUCCAACUAGAGACAAACUGGUUAGCAGCCCAGCUCCACAGUUAAGUGAAACUCUUGUCAAUGGUGUGUGUACAGAUCCUGUGCCUGAAGAGGACUUGAAAAGUGACAUUGAAGGGGAGUACGUUGAGCUUGCAGAAGUUUCACUGCCCUGCUUUGGGCCACAGACAGACUCUUUAACCCAGGCAGUGUCUUUAAGUUACCUGACUCAGCCCAGGACACGAGUGAAUGCGUCUAAAGGCAAGCACAAGUUUAUUGUCAUUCAGGACAGCACCUACUCCAAGAACCUAAUUCAGCCAGCACUUAUGCAAAAGGAGCGCUGUCAGAUGGACACUCUGAGGACUUCUGCAGAAGUUCUCAAAAAUGUAAUUCCUUCGGAAAGCAACAGGAUGAUGGCCCGUGAGGAACUGUCUCCAGAAGGUCAGCUGGUGUCAGGUGGUGCUGGAAGCAUGGGGAACAGCUCUCCUGCGGCUGCGUCUCCUGCCUGCGGUGCAGAAGAUUCCUCCCCUGGAGAGCAGGAGACCUGCAGCGAACACUCGAUCGAUUGGCGAUACGCACUGUGCAGCUACAGUGACGCGUGCGCUGGAGAUGGUGCCAGCUGUAAAGCACAGAUGACUGGUUCUGCUGGAAAUAUGCAAGUGGAAGGCGAUGGUUCUAGCAGAAAUCCUGGUGUUGAGGUGUUGGAGCAGAGCCCAGAGACAAAUCUAGAUGCUGCUGCUGAACGGGGGAUUCAGAAGGGGCAUGGAGAACCACUGGCAGAGAGUCAAAGUGAGGUGACACAGAUGGAUCCCUCUCCUGUGCCUGUCCCGGGGCCUUUGGGACCACACUGCACGCUGAAGGAAGAUCCUGGUGUUUCUUGCCAGAGUGUUGGUGAAAGCAUUGCACAGGUCCAGGCCGCUGCGUUGCCUGUUGUGCCUGAGAGUUCGGAUGUAGGUGUGGAGAGAGGCUCUCCUUCAGGGAACGUGACAGAUGGAGCAGCAGACCGUGCUUGCUGCGGUGAUCAGGAAGAGAAUACGAGUUCUCCGUUAAAUCCUCCAGAACAGAUAAACCAAGGAGAAGCAGAUGAAGUAGAGCUGGGAAGAAGAGAAGGCCCCGAGGAAGUCAAAGAGAUUGAACAAACACUGGCUGUAAAUGGGAAUCGUAAGAAAGGUGAAGAAGCCGUGCUACUCCCAGCUGCUCUGUCAGCAGAGAGUGAGGAGAUGGCAGGGCAGCUGGAUACCAGUGACCCUUCGAUGGGUCUUGACGCAGAAGCAGAAGGCUCAAGUCAGUUCAAAACCCUCAGGUCUGGAGAGAGGCAUGAGGAACGACAAAGACGGGCAGAAAACCAAGGCCAUGGAAGUGAAGCGAGCUCUUUGCUGAACCCAGAGUGCGUUGCAGCACAGGACUUGCAGGGAGGGGAGGAGAACCAGGGAAGUUUUAGUGAUGGGGAAAAGUCAAAGACUGGAGCCUUAAAAACACUGGAAUCCAUUAAGGAGGAGCUGGAGGUUGGACCACCGUCCUCGGGGCCUGCUGAGGGGAACCCCGAGCCCACUGCUCUGCACUCCUCCCAAGAGGCAGUUUCUGGAGCGUCAUCUCCUAAAGGUACAGCAGGGAUGGUGUUGGAAGGGACGGAGACGGUAAAAGAAGCGACUGGCACGGCCGUGUCGAAGCCAGCGGGUAAGGUCUGCGCCCCGGAGGAAACCUCAACAGCUGCUGUUCCCCCCAAAUCCCCGGCUUCUGGGGCUGCCUGGGGUGGCCGGCCUGCACCUUCCAUAGUCAAGGAUGUGAACCCAGAAGUGCUGAGGAGCGGAGUUGCCUGCCUGCCAGGUACCAGAGAUAAAUCGGGACGUGCGGUGGCAAUAAUAACGACGAGGAACACGGUCUGGUUAAACCCCCACUGCAACACCACGGAGCUUGUACGCCUCCUCCUGUACUUGCACAGCAUCCCAAGACCCGAGUGUCAGGCUUUGGGUCUGACUGUUCUGGUGGAUGCUCGUCGCUGCUCACCGGUUCCUGCGCUCUUCAAGGCAUUCAGCAUCUUGCAGGACAUGGAUCCUCAUUGUAUUCAUGGAGUACUGCUUCUGGUCGAAAGAGAUCUGACUUUUCGGGUGGAGAAGCCGGCAGCAGGACAGUUUGAGAUUCUCACCUCCAUGAAAUCCCUUCAUAAGCACAUAGACAGCUCCCAGCUGCCUCUAGAACUGGAUGGGACCUUCCCUUAUUGCCACCGGGACUGGUUGAGCUUCCGCAUGAAACUGGAACACUUGCUGCAAGGAUGCCAAGGGGCUUGUGCCUUCCUCCAGGGAGCCAUCCACAAAGUGGAAUCUGGAAAACUACCGGAAAGAGCUGAGGAGGCAGCUGUGCUGCUGAGGAAUUACAGGCAGUUGAUGAAGAACGUUCUGGAAGACGCACGGCUGGUCCGGCUGCAGCUGGAGGGUGGAGCACUCCUGGCCAGGCUGAGGAAGGAGGAAUCGUGUGUCACCCUCACCCAUGACUACAGGGACGCGCUGGAUGCUGCUGCCGUGCUUUAUAAUCGAGUUGAUGAGGGCGUUCACCGACUGGUGAUGCUGUCAAACAAACGCAUCCAGGAGCUGGAGCUGGUGAUGGAGUUCGAGAAAGUGGAAGAAUGUUUUAAGGAGGUCAGCAGUUGGAUCGAGAACGUUGGCAGGAAAAGGCUAAAGGAGAUGAUCAACCUGGACGAUUCUUUGGAGAUGCUGCUUCAAGCACAGAAGCAGUUCAGGGAGUUUGAUCUUGUUGCCAGCGAAUACUGCAGAAGGGGGCAGGAAGCACUAAAGAAGAUGGAUCGGUGGGAAGACUUCUCCUCUGUGGAUGUGCAUUCUUACCGAGUGAAGCUGCAGACCUACAGAGAUCAGCUGGAGGAGUUCUGCACUCAGCUGGAUGAAAGCAGGCAUCGAGUCUGCGAGACAGUCAGGCUGUACGAAUUCUUUGACAAGGCGUACGAGUGGGCCUUGGAAGGGAUGCGACACCUCGCCUGCAUCAGCAUGGAGGACUGCAGCUCCGCCGAGCACUGCGCGGGUGUCAUCAAGUGCCUGGAGAGCUACAAGGGGCAGCACCCGGACAUCAGCGAUGCCCGCUUCCAGGAGAUGAAGGAGCUGGCCUGCGAGCUGAAGAGUGACAAGGGACUCAAGCAGUGGAAGUUCGCGUGGUCCAAGUGCCAGGAGACCAAGCUGGUUUUCGAAAAGAAACUGGAAGCAGCCUUGAGAACCAGGAGGUCGCUGCUGGCAGACCGCAAACCAGCCGCGGGGGAGCAGGCGCGGGCCGGCAGCGAGGCGGGCAGCCUGUGCCACCGGAGGCACUCGGAGGGGGCCACCCCCGGGCCGCACUGGGACAGGACUUGCAGCACAUCCCAUGGCUACGGCAGGCCCGGCCGCUCCCCGGGCUGGACUAAGGAGAAAAUCCCCUCGCCCACCCUGAGCUGCCCUGGCGAUUUCGGUGCUGGGGACGAAUUUGCCUGCCAAGCUGCUCUCGGUGCCGGGCCCCACUCCGGCCGAGUUUCUUUUGGGAGCGGGGCCGCCAAGUCGCCGAAACUGCCCGAGGAAAAGUCAAACCUGGAGAGCAUAUUGGAAACCCUGGAGGUGAAGCCGUCCUGCGCCUCCACUCCAGCCUCUGGGAAGCCGCCUCCCAGGAGGAUGCUCCGCAAGGCCCAGAGCUUCGACCUGCCCUGCGGUGAGAGCCUGUGGUCGGGCUGCCAGAGGACGCUGAGCGAGCCGGCCAGGUACGGCAACACCGGCGUCUUUAUUAAGGGGCUGGAGGUGAGCAGCACGGAGCUGGUGGACAGGACGUUCGCGCUGCGGCAGGGCGCUCACAGCUGGGCUGCGGACUGCCUGCUGGAGGGACAGAGGGGCUGCGGCUCCGCCACCGAAGCCAAGAGCUGGGGCAGCAAGCUGCGGCACAUCAUCGACGAGAUGGUGACCACGGAGCGGGAGUACGUGAGGUCGCUGUGCUACAUCAUCGACAGCUACUUCCCCGAGAUGGAGCGCCUCGACCUCCCCCAGGACCUGCGUGGGAAGCGCAGCGUCAUUUUUGGGAACCUGGAGAAACUCUACGACUUCCACAGCCAGUACUUCCUGCGGGAGCUCGAGAGCUGCUGCAACCACCCGCUGCGCGUCAGCCACUGCUUCCUGCGGCACAAAGACCAGUUUGGGAUGUACGCCUUGUACAGCAAGAACAAGCCGAAGUCAGACUCGCUGCUGGCCAGCCACGGGAACACCUUCUUCAAGUUCAAGCAGGUGCAGCUGGGGGAUAAGAUGGACCUGGCCUCCUACCUGCUGAAACCCAUCCAGCGCAUGAGCAAAUACGCCCUGCUCCUGAAGGACCUGAUCAAGGAGUGCAGCGAGGCGCAAGAGCAGGAGCUGGGCUACCUCCGAGCGGCUGAGGAGAUGGUGAAGUUUCAGCUCCGGCACGGAAACGACCUGCUGGCCAUGGACGCCAUCCGUGACUGUGACGUGAACCUGAAGGAGCAGGGGCAGCUGGUGCGGCAGGACGAGUUCACCAUCUGGCUGGGCCGCAGGAAGUGCCAGCGACACGUCUUCCUCUUUGAGGACCUGAUCCUGUUCAGCAAGCCCAAGAGGAUCGAGGGUGGCUUUGAUGUGUAUAUCUACAAGCGCUCCUUCAAGACAGCAGACAUCGGUCUGACGGAGAACUCCGGAGACAGCGGGCUGCGCUUCGAGAUCUGGUUCCGAAGGCGGAAGUCGAGCGACACCUACAUCCUCCAGGCCAGCUCAGCCGAGACCAAGCAGGCUUGGACCAGCGACAUUGCCAAGAUCCUGUGGCAGCAGGCAGCCCGCAAUAAAGGUGUGAUUCCUUCCCAGGGCGUCUGUGCCGCAAAAGAAAUCCGCAUGCAGGAGAUGGUCUCCAUGGGUGUGGGCAACAAGCCGUUCCUGGAUAUCAAACCCAGCGAGGCAGCUAUCAAUGACCGUGCUAUCGAUUACAUCAUGAAAGGCAGAGGCGCCAGGACCAGAGCAUCAAUCGCAGUGUCUCUGUUUGACCAUUCCAACCCGUACAAGAGGACGCAGGCGCAGCUCUCUGCUGGCAGCACCGCUGCUGCGUACGGCCCUUCCUCCUCCUCCCUUCUGGGGCCCCUCAACCUGCACAUGUACCUGGACCAGGCUCUGCUGCCAGGCGUCCUGGCCCCCAGGCGCCCCUUCGACAUUGGUGCCUGCAUCGAGGAAGACGAGCUGGAGCACGAGACGAGCAGCCAGCCGUCACUGACAACAGAGAGCUCCGAGUCAUCGCACUGCAUGUCAGGCAGCGGCUCCAGUGGCUCCGACAGUGGCUGUGUCUCCAGCAUCCCACAAGAAAGCUUCUGUGAAGACAUGGGUUCACCCACCUACAUGCCCCUAGGCUCACAACACAGCUCUGCGAUGGAGGAGAAACCCCGGUUCACAAACAGCCAGUACAUUUCCGCAGUAAGUGCAAGCAGCCAAAAUGCUCUCUUCACUCUGCCUGUUACUACCACUGCCUCCUCGGUUCAAGCCACUGCCUCUCACGUGGGGACUGAAGAUGCUGCUUUGGGGCUAGGAGUCGCUGUGGGGAAGUGAUGUUUCUUCUCGCAGAGACUCGCCUCUUCGGGGGCAGGCCAAAGCCCCUGUGUUGUGAGAGCCUCCCCUUCGUGACCAGGAUCCCUGAGGACUGGAAAGGACCUGCAGGGCUGGAGGCUGCAUCGGGAGGGGAUGCUGUGCACACAGGAGCUUUCAUGCUGCCAUGGGCUGGGGUACACGCUUAACCUCCUGGGGACGAGCGGAUGGAGCUCUGCCGCGGAUGCUGCUAAGCUCCUUCCUGGGGAGGCUUGGACCUUUUGUGGGGAGCAAUGAGAUGGAACGAAGGGAGGAACGGGAGCCUGUUGCUCUCAGAUGUCAUUUGUUUCUCUUACGUUCCUGAGGGUUCUCAGCCAUUUCCCUUCCCACUAGCUCGUGUCCUGAUGCUGUUGUCCUCUAACCCUGUACUAAUGCUGGCUUCUCUCCUCUGCAGAAAGCAGGCCAGGUCACCAUAAGUCCCUCGACAAUAGUGUGAUCCCCUCUGCACACGUAUACGGCCUAAGGAAGUGGAGUUGUUGUAAGUAGCCCCUGAAGGGGAUUUUCCAGCAGCUCUGAGUGCUGGUCAGGCUCGUCGGUAGCUCUGAGUCAGGACCUCACCCCCGCUUCUCUAUGAGAAGUCUCCCACACGCAUUCCUGACCGGUGUCAGUGGCUCUGAUCUGGUUAGAGACAACCAACUCCCACAGCCAGAGCCAUCGCCUUAAAUAACAGGUCGGCUGCCUCCCUGGUUUGGAGGAGAAGAAACUAAACAAGCAAAAAUGAUUUUCAGGUAGUAGAGGCUUGAGCACCACCUAGGCCAUGUGUCAGUGUUCAGAUGAGCUUCUUUGCUCUGAAUGCUACCCGGCUGUCUAACCACUAAUCUGUUUCUUGUGGCUAUUUGCUGAAAUCCUGCUGUUUGUUAGUCCCUCGGAGCUGCCGUGGGGAAUCCAUGGUAUUCUCCCCAAGCUGGAUUUAUUCCACAGUUUCCUUUGAACCUCCCAAGGAGUCUGUACACAUCACCAAACAAAGGAACCUGCUAGGUUAUGGUCAGGAAGUCCUGAGGGAGCUGCCAGCUGUUGCUCCUGUGCUUGUGGAGGAAGUACUUACUUCUGGAGGUUGGCCAGAAGGUCCAGAAGAUGUCUGAGGAAGCUCGCUGGUGAUCUGUCUGAGGAGAGAUGAGCCCUGACAAGGCAGGCAGCCAAGCGGGGUGGCAGGCCCUUGCAAAGGCGUACUAUGCCUCACGCACACCAGCCUGCGUCCGGCUCAGCUUUUGCUUCUUUCCUCACCAAAGGAUUCCGGUCCCUAGGACUGGGCUCCCUUUUUGCAGGGAACAGAGGGCUGUGAGUGUGAGGCAGACAGGGCUGGGGCUUGGAUGGAUGGUCAGGGCACAGGCCCAUAGAUAGGGUGAAGGGCCUUGGCUUGUGAUCUGCAGGUGGAGGUUGUACUGAGCUAAACAGACCCGGCAGCCAUGGAUCAAAUUUGGGAUCCUGAGCUCCUCCUUGGGACGGGUCACAGACAGGGCCUUCUGAAGUGGUCACAGUUGCAGGGGGUUUGCUGCCCGACUGCUGCUCUGGCAGCAGCCUUUGGGCGAGUCCUGAGCCAGAGGCAGCCUUUAGCCUGGGGAAGCGCCUCGUUCCUCCUGAGAGGCUCUGCUAGUAAAGCGUUCUUCCACCAAAAUGCAGCUCUGACAGACCGUGGUUUUGAAGUAUUUUGCAAAACCACUGCUGGCCAGGACAGAGGGACCUGCAGAUCCUGCCGUGUCGUGGCAGUGCAGCCAGUCUAACCCAUUGCACGCUGCUGUGUUCCAGGUUUGAUUGCCAUUUCAAACUCACUGAAGACCCCAGGCCUCUGACCAGCAGAAGGAGACAGUCUUCAUCCAUGAAGAUUCUUUUACACAUAAUCAGGCUCUUUCAGACAGUCCAAAACCUGACCUCUGGCUGGGGGAAAAGUCCCGAGAAGGUUUCUGUCAGCUACACUUAAUAGCUUUGGUGUUGGAUGGGACCUUGGGCGUUCAAAAUUUGUUAGCCCUAUAUUUAUGAGUAAUAAGUAACAUAGCUGUUUGAAAAAAAUGUAUUAUUUUUAAGGCUAUGUGCUGUACAGAUUUUUUUUUUUUUGUUACAAGUGACUCUGUUACUGUUUGUUCUCUAAGCUGCACAUUUUAUAAAGUUUUUGGAAGGGCAAGAAGAGAAACCAAGGUAUUUAAGAAAAGUAGCGUAACUUCCUGUUUCAGGGUUAUAUUGACCUGGAGCUCAAGAUUAACGUCCUUCCUUAUGUUCUAAAUAUGUCUAUCAUAGCAAUAAUUUAUUUUCUUGGCUUAACACUUCUGUUUUAAUAAAAGCAAUUUCAUUGUUACAGUGAAUUGUUUCUUCACAUGAUUCUCCCAGUGCCUCAGUGCUGAGCUUCUCUCUGUCUUAACCAUCUCCCGGCUCUUGCUGACUCUCCGGUCUCCCUGUGCGAUUGCUGCGCUAACCAGCUGCCAGCUCAGCCCCUGUUCUCAGGCGUGAACUCAGGAGCGUUCCUCAGGAGAGGGGCCGGGUCCCCUGGUGGCAGCAUGUGGAGGCUUCCCUGCUGCUGGCGGGGAGGCCAAGGCAGCGCAGGGAGCAUAGCAGGUGGGUGAGGAGGACACAGCUCGCCUGCUCCAAGAUCCUCUCCUCCUGGUUUGUGCCACUCAGCCCCCAGUCAGACUCCAGCCACAUGAGGCGUGAGUGACAAAGUUCAGCCUGCAGCGUGCCCUGUCCCAGGGGCCAGGCUGUGCCCCAGGGUUUGGGGUGAUGGGGCCUGGCCGCUUGCUUUGCUGCUGACCCAGCCCCUCUCCAGGUACUUACUCGUGGUCCAUUCAGCGUUGGUUGAGGAGGUUUGGGUGGUGGUGGUGGCAUCUGAGACCAACAGCUUCGGAGUAUUUAGGUUUACCUUAAAUGCAUUUUGUCUUAAGCAGCACGGCGUAACUGCAGGACAAAUGUGUGCUGUGUCCCAAAGCUCCCUGUUCAUGCCGAGUAACAGCAAAGCUCCCUGCGGGGCUGUGCUGCUGUCUUGGUGUUCUUGGAGGAAAGUUGAAGAUCAGCGUUUUUUUGGAAGCUGCAGUUACUUACUGCCAAGCUCCUGCUUAAUGAAGUGCUGUAAAUCAGCAUCCCCCAGCCAUGAGAGAAGCGGUGUCACAUGUGGCCUAUAUGGAGCAGUUUCGCCCGUAGCUGCUGCUGGGGUGGAGAAGCUGCUCGGCCCCCACCGUGCAUUGCUGUAGUCUCAGAUGUAAACCUUCAUAGCCACGUGAGUUACCCUCCGCGUAUGAACUAUGCUCAUUCAAGGCUGGGAAUUCCUGUACUGUACAUAAAACACUUGUUUAAUAAGCUGAAUGUUUUUAAAAACUUGUUCUUUUUUUAGACAGCAGAUAGAACACAGUUGACACCUUUGUACAAAAUUGUGUGGGAAACAGUUGCACAGGGAAGAUUUGAGAAGUUACUAUUUUAAAAUAAGUUAAUGCAAGAUUUUGGGCUGUCAAGACAGUAAUAGCUCAUGUCACGAGAGGGAAAGAAUUUACGAAUGUGACAAAAGGAACAUGAAAUUUUCUGGAUUUCUCAAAAGGUUUUUACAUUGCUGGAAAAAA